AUGACAUUCAAGCGUAGGAACGGUGGGAGAAACAAGCACAACCGUGGCCACGUGAAGCCAAUCAGAUGCUCAAACUGUGGCAAAUGUUGCCCAAAGGACAAGGCCAUUAAGAGGUUUAUCGUGAGGAACAUUGUGGAGCAAGCUGCUAUUAGAGAUGUUCAAGAAGCUAGCGUCUACGAUGGGUACACAUUGCCGAAGCUGUAUGCUAAGACGCAAUACUGUGUCUCAUGUGCGAUCCACUCUCACGUUGUUAGAGUCCGUUCCCGCACCAACCGCAGAGUUCGUACUCCCCCUCCUCGUUUUGUUAGACGCAAGGAGGAUGCACCAAAGCCAGGACAACCUGGUCAGGCUCCUCGUCCUGCUGGAGCCGGAGCUGGAGCUGCACCGCGUGUCUGAAGCCUCUGCAUAUCCUAGUUUCAGCUCUCUUUUGUUUGUUUUAUGUUUGGUUCAGAUUAUUCGUGUACUAGUAGUAACAUGUGAAUCUCGAAAGCUGCUUUAGUAGUUUUUGCUUCGACGUUAGUUAUAUUUUAAAACUCUUUUCGGUUGUUUUGCUCCCAGAGAUUAUUUUUUCAAAUUAAUAAAUCUUCAAAUAAGU